UUUGAACUUGUAUUGUCAUUAGUAUUUGCAUUUAAAACAACCGAACGUUCUCGCAGAUUUUUUAAUUGGCAGUAAAAGUUAAAUAUUAUUUAUUAAUAAUUAAUAAUUUAUUAAAAGAAAUUUUGAUAGUAAAUAUAAAUAAAAAAUGGAAUGUGAGUUUGAAAAAAAAGUUUCAAAAUUACACGAGAAAGGAAAUUACGAAAAAAUAAUUGAAUUGAGCGGUUCCGCGGAGUCCGAUGAAGCGCAAAGGCUUUCGUGGUUCUGGCCAACAUUUAAUGAUUUGCAGUGGAUUCGGAAUUUAUUAGAUAAUUUUAAGUGUAAAGGAAUUGUAAGUGUCGGUUGUGGGACCGGCCUUUUGGAAUGGAUUAUUCAACAAUAUUUAAAUUGCGACGUAAUUGGAAUAGAAGUUGACAAAUUGUGGUGGCAAAGUAAAUAUUCACCGUCAUUUUAUUUAAACAAGAUAAUAUUUACUUCGAAAAAAAGUCCUGUAAAUAUUUCCGCGGAGUAUGCGGUUUUAUUUUGCUAUUUCAAUAACAGCGAGGCGUUUAAAAGCUAUCUAACUGACUAUCCGGGGCAUUUGGUGGUGGUGAUUGGUCCCGAGAAGGGCAAAAAUCGGCACACGGACCCUCGGCCGUUUGACAAAAAAUUCUCAAAGAUGGGAUGGAAAUUGCACACCUCAAAAAAACUUGACAAUGGGAUCGAUUGCAUCACAGCUUAUGUACGAAAUUAAUAAAUAAAAGAUUAUAAUGAUAGGAAGAAGUAAAAAAGUUAUCAAGCGAAGAAAUUGUGACCAGUGACUAGUAACUACGAAAAGAAGCUGAGAAGUAAAUCAAAGAGACUGUGAUAUGAGAUAGGACAAUAUAAAUGACGGGCUCAUUUGAGUUUUAAAAUUUUUUUCAGCAAAACUUGUUGGGAAGUAACGGUUUCUUUGCUCAAAACUCAUCUCAGUAACAAGAGUAAAGCACGCCGACGGGCGAUGUUUGCAAAUCAUUAACCGUAAAGUUGAGAACAUGCUGGCUCAUAGUACCAACUAUCACUAUAAGUAUCGCUAUAACUACCUUCUACUGCCUUCUAUUGCUGCACAUAUCAAGUACAAGUAUAAUCUUAACACACUUGGCUUAGUUUCAAGUUUUCAAGGCAGGAGACAUUCAUACACUGCCUUAUUUUUUUCUACUGCUAAGAAAAGCUCAUGUAUUACUAUUACUAUUAUAUUUCACAGUAGCUUUUUUACUUUUUCUAUUUUUGGUCACAUCAAAAUCAUCAAAAAGACAAGAUUUCAACUAUCAUUAGACAUUUUGUGCCUAUAAUAAAUUAUUAGUGUUAAAAUUUUGUUACUUGGAUACAUUUAGUUCGAAUUCUUCUAAUUAAUUGUAAUUUAUCCGUAAAAAAAAUUUUUUUUAAUGUCCACAUAAUUUUAUUAAUCAAAGGUAGUGUUGAAAAUUUCCGACAGAGUGCGCAUGAUCGCUGAUUCGUCUCCUUAUAAGAGAGUUAAGUUUUAAAAUAAAAAUAAUUUUUUUAAUUUUCCGAAGAAGCUUAGUUGAUAUUAUCUUUUAGUUUAAUCAACUAAUAAACUAAUUUUUGUUUGAUACAAAAUUUUAAUUGAC